AUGGCCAAGGCGAAAGCGCAACCCUCCAAGCGGUCCCGCGCCGCCCGCCGCGCGACCUCGCCCAGCAUCGACACCGACAAGUCCCUCAAGACCGCGCAGCCUCCCCGUGAUGCCCACCACAAGCCCGCCGAGCGCCCGUCCGUGCUCGCCGUGCACCACUCGGCCGGCGUGCAGAAGAAGGGGAGCCAGCGCAAGGCGCGCGUGUCGGCCAAGGCGCGCCGUCGCCGGGAGAAGGGCAUCGAGAUGGCGGAGGCGGUCGUGGAGCGCACGUCGAGCAAGGUGAAGCGCAGCUGGGACCGACAGCGGGCGGUAGAUGGCCGGCGGCAGGGGUGGGACGCGAUCAACAAGGAUAUGAAUGCGGCGGCGGGUGAGGACGACGACGACGACGACGAUGUGGAGAUGGACGAGAAGGAGAAGAAGGAGAAGAAGGAGAAGGAGAGUAAAAAGGGGAAGAAGGGGAAGAAGGGGCAGGAUGAUGAGGGCUGGGAGACGGAUGAGAAUGGUGACAGCAAGGCCCUGGAUGGACCUGUGGAUGAUGGCUUGGACGAGAUCAUGUGA